AACAACUUUUGAAUGGUUUCUGUUAGCAGCAGUGGUUCCACAUAAGGCGCAAGAUAAUAUUAAUAGCCGUCUCGUAUGGUUGACAUUAUGCUCACUUUUAAGACGGUCACGUAAAAGUUUCAGGUAAACGAAAGUCAGAUUAAACCCUGGACAGGCAAGAUUUUUAACAAGUACAACAAGGAGUUGAAAACAGACACGCCAAGCCGGACACUUUCUGUUCCCGUUAGUGACACUCACGCGGUGUUUGCGUACUUUAUCACAGAUGAAGUGAAUUAAAUGCAAUAUUUGUCAAAUACAGAGACGUUUUAGAAACGUUUUCAUGAGCAACAGAAACACUGUGCCGUCAGUGAAACGCUGUCGCGGUACUUUGAUGCCACACGUGACAGUUUUGUGGCGUCGGCGCCGUCUCAAAUCGGACAAAAUUUCUAACCGGCAUGCACUGCUUCAAAUCAGACAGCCAUUGGUCUGCGCAGUGCUGCAUGAAGUCGAACGCACCUAUUGUGUGAAGUGUGCGAGGUUGAGGCGCGUGCGUUGUGUUGAGUUGUUGCCUAACAACCUCUGCGUCUGCAGCGUCUGCACUCCUCGUCCUCUUCAUCUCUUCUUCCUCUGAACAAAGUCUUUCUUCAUUUCCAUGCCCAGAGAGCAGCGUAUUCACUCGUGUGUUAUUAAUAAGAGCUUCGUCUGUCUGGAGCUUUUUAUUAACUGGUGAUUCUGGUUUGGGAGAAUAUGAACGUCAACAUCAGCAACUUUAAGGAGCAGAGAAGGGCGAGCACAGAAGAAGCACCUUACAUGGAGAUGAAGACAAGUUUCGGUAACAAGGAGAACAUCAAACCUGCUAAAACACAACCUUCACAACUCAAACAGACCAAAGAAGAGAGUUUUGGCCUCAGUUUACCUCUUGGAGAGGAAUAUGAAAGAAAAAAGCAAAAGUUAAAGCAAGAACUUCGUCUUGAUUACCGGCGCUUCAUGUCUGAGAAAAAAAAUCAAAUUAUUGCUGAUCCACAUCUGGUGUACAUUGUUAUGUAUUUUUGUUUAAAAGAUCUUGGUUUAGGUAAGUUUUGUGAUUCUACCCAGGAAAAACUGCAGAAUGAGAGGAACAAGGAAUAUAAUAUGUUUCUCCGAGGGCAAGAGGGAGCACAGAAAAUGGGGAAAACUUCAGCUACCCCACAGGCCCUGGAGAGAGCUCGCUUUGGCUCUAUUUCUCCAAAGUACCCCGCUGGUUCUCUAGAGGUACAAGCGCAAAGGGCCAGUCAGAGCCUGGAGAACAUUGUGUUCUCAAAAAGGGAUGUUGCCACUGUGACUGAGCCCAUUUCUAGAGUGCCUGAUCGCUGGGGAGGCCCUCACCGAGAUCACACCAGUUCUGAUGAGGAAAUGGAGCUUGUAGAGAAGGACAGGCAUAGAAAUGUACAGGAAGAAACAGGCAAAACCAGGAGAGGAGGAAAACACAACAACAGAUCUCACAGUCUACAAGCACCAACUCCAGCCCAAAGCAGAUCUGUCAACGAGCAGAACAUGACUGAGUUUGCUACAGGACUCAUGAUUGGUGCUACUGAAGGAAAUGAGGCCUCUCAGAGGAGGAAGGAACGUUACAGACUGGAGCUGCUACAGCAAAUAGCCGAACAGCAAAAGAACAAAAGGAAGGAGAAGGAGCUAGAGUUGAGAGUGGCUGCAACAGGUGCUGUUGAUCCAGAAAAAAAGUCAGAUCGAAUCAAACAAUUUGGUGCCGUGACUCUGGAACAUGGGGGCAGGAGAAGGGAUGUACCCUACCGCACAGGGUUGGGUCUGGAGGAGAUCAGGGCUGACUCGGCCAGGUGGCUCAAAGAAGAGCGAGCUCCACAAGCACCAAAGGAGACAGCACCCCCUGAGAGACCUCGUGUUGCUUUCCAGUCACCAUCUAUAGACCACAGCACUGUCUUAAGCCGGCUGGCUAAUACAUCAGGCCUUGGUCUGGAGGCUGGAGCAGGGUUUGGGGCCAAGGACACCACCUUUGCUACUGAAGACAAUCACAGAAGUCUCUCAAGAACCCUGGGGGAGAUAGUUGCCCCAAGAAUUACAGGUGUGCGUCCUCCAUUGGGUCCCUCCCUCACUGACUCCUAUCAAACUCCUUAUGAUAAUGCAUAUUACUAUUAUGGAGCUAGAAAUCCUCUAGACCCCAAUCUGGUUUACUAUGGAUCAGCAGUGGGUCAGCAGGCACACAUCCCUCCAGAAGCACAGUGGCCCAUUCUCCAGCCUCCCUCUGGAGGCCUCACGCAAGCGAUCAGCCAUGCUGGAGUUGUUUCUUCUGGACCAGCGUUCUUUCCUCCUGAGAGGCUGCAGCAGGCCAAGGAAAGUGCUGUUAGCUAUCAGGAAGCCCUGAAGCAGCAGAUUCAAGAACGACAGCAGAGACGGCAUCACGAGAAGGUGGAAAAUGAGCUGUAUGAUGCUAAAAUAAAGGCUGAGAUGAAGGCCUACGAUCCCUGGGGAAGAGCAGGAGCAGGAGCCCCUCUUAGGGAUGAUCAUGGAAACCUCAUCAGUGAUUUGAAACAAAUGCAUAAAACAAACGUGGAAGCUUAUGAUUCCGGAGGCAGAUUAGCAAGGAUUCCAGAGGCUUCUAGAACAGAACCUGCAGGUUUUUGUUCUUCUCAGCCGUCUGUGCAAGCCCGGGGUAACCUUUUCAAUGAACUGCCCACUCCACAGCAGCUCCACGAUCAGGAAAAGUACAAGGAUUGCUUGAAACAACAGAUUGAGGAAAAGAGGAGAAACGAGGCAGAAGAGAGGGAACGGCACAGGCUUGAGGAAGAGAAAGAAGAGAGACGGCUGGCCGAACAGCGAGCUUGGAUCCAAAGAGAGUAUGAGGAAGAGCAGGAGAAGAAGCGUCAGAAAGAAAAAGAGUACAGAACCACAGGAUGUGCUUUCUUUGUUGAAUAUUUGAUUAGGCAAGCCGAAGAGCGUCGUAAAGAUGCUGAGAAAAUGAGGAAAGAAGCGGAGGAGAAGGAGGACGAAGCCCUGGGAAAGAGGCAGGAGAGAGAGAAACAGACACAUCUGGAGGAGCAAAAGGUCCACAGGGCACCGUCACCACCCCUACCAGCCUUGCAGAGGAAACUACGUCAGCAGACGCCCAGACCUCUAUCGGAGGAGAGCCACCGCUCUUCUGCUACUCUGUCUGUGCGAUAUUUUUCAGCAAGCUGUAAAGGACCGUAUCCCUGAAUUGUAUACUGACUUUGUGUUUUAGAAGAAAAACGUUCUGUGAUCAGGGAGUUGUCGGCCUUGCGUAGGCAGCUGCGGAGUGAACAGAGACGUCUGGAGGGAGAACUGAUGCAGUCUAACAGAAAUGAUCACACCCCUCCUGUUCAUAGCAGGUCAAAAGAGCACCUCCCGGAGGAUGUUUUUGAAGUGGCGAGACUACGCAAACAAGUCCCCAUCAGGAGGCCGGAUUCCCACACCACUGCAGCGGUCAACAUGCAGAACCUGCAGGAGUUUAACCGUCUGAAGUACAGAGAUGGUGCAUCUCGUGAGGAGGUGCGGCACACGUAUCCUGACCCCCCCAGUGACGACCACAGUCUAGAUAUCCAGCAACAGGCUCUGUUACGCCAACAGCAACGAACCAUCAACAGCCUGAGGAGGGGCAGAGCUGCUGAUUACUUUGACGUGGUGUCUUCAGGGCAGCGGCAUCAUGAGCAAAGGCUGAAUUCUGCACUGGAUCCAGGCAGACACUUGCUGUUAGACUCAGAGAGCGCCUUUAUUGACCCCAGUGGCGAUUCAUUCCUUCUACAAUCCUGGCGUGACCAGAGAGCGAGAGCGGCAGUUAGGAAGACAGACAUGUCUGAAGAUGUGAUAAACAGGUACGCUCGACCUGACAGCAGUCCUGACAGUCAGUCUCUGCACUCGCUAACCAGCACAGAAAUAGAGCGGCUGAGGGAGCGCACAAAGAACAAGAUGACAUCGCUGAACAACAUGAGAGAACAUGAUUGGAGAUCAGGGGAAGUGUCAACAGAGGAAGGGGAGGAGCUAUGGCCACAGACUUCUCCUUCACCCGGCAUUUCCAUUGACACCAUUGCCACAGACCCCUGGUUACAUCCUAGUUCCUCAGAAACACUGAAGAGAUUCACGGGCAGUCGCAGGCCAUCCAGCCGAAACCGCAUAGGGCAGGAUUGGGAAGGGCCGUCCACUUAUCAUGGUUAAAUCUGAUUCAGAACAUGACAGUUUUGCUAUUUUAUUUAUACAAGUACAUACAAACUUGUAUACUUGAGACCAAAGAUGAACAUUGACGAUUUAUAAGUCCAGUUUCUUUGUUUCUGUCUUACUUUCAAUUGAUGUGAAUGAAAUAUUGCACUUAGAAAGUUCUGGAACACUUCCUGUAGCAUUAAGAGUCUGUUCCCUCCGGUCAGAGAGUGCAGUCUGGGAGAAAUUCACUUUGAUGCUUCAUACUGUGACUGUAUGAAUGUGUAAACUGCAUGAAUUCUGUUUGUUUGUCAGGUCCAAUCUUGUAAUAUGUAAUUAGAUUUUCAUUUUUAAUGAAUGUUUUAUGAUACAUGAAUUUUAAGUAGGAAUAUGAGCUUAUGCAAACAUAAGCUUACAGUCUAACUGAAAACAUAAGCUAAUGUAAUAAGCAUGUAAGGUAAUGUCUAUGGACUCUUUAAUAAAUAUUUUAUUCUUUGUA